GCUAUAUCAGCACCAUCAUGCCAAGUCCUAAGAACAGUCCAAAGAGCAUUCGUGAGAGACGGGCUUAUGGCAGUAGGAUAGAGUUCCUGUCACUGACAAAUCAGAGAAGCCCAAUAUCCCCAGAAAAUGUGUCUCAUCGUAACGACUCUCCUACUAGUACUGGCCCUCAACAGGCUUUACCUGAAGAGGACUGUAUGAAGCUGAAUCCUUCUUUCUGGGGUAUUGCCCUGCAUUCUCUUUUGGCUGUUGAUUUGUGGGCCUCUAAACAGCUGGGUGUGUGUGCUGGAGAGGAUUCCUCAUGGGGCACUGCCCGUCCACUCAUGAUGGUCAUAGAGGUCUCAGGACAUGGAAUUCCUUGGCUAACUGGUACAUUGUAUGGGCUGUACAGAAGUGGCAGCUCAGCAGGUCGUGAGGUGCUGCUCAAUCUACUCUUUGCUCUGAUUCUUGAUCUAAUUUUGGUGGCGGCAGUAAAAGGACUGGUGAAACGAAGGCGCCCAGUCCACAACAAGAUGGACAUGUUUGCCACUGUCUCUGUGGACAAAUAUUCCUUUCCUUCGGGCCAUGCUACCAGAGCCGCCAUGGUUUGCAGAUUUAUUCUACGUCAUCUUGUACUUGCCAUCCCUCUGCGAGUGCUGCUUGUUCUUUGGACCUUCAUAGUGGGAAUCUCUCGGGUCAUGCUUGGCAGACAUAAUGUAACAGAUGUGGUCUUUGGGCUAAUCAUGGGCUAUAUGCAGUAUAGUGUGGUGGAAUAUUUCUGGUUGUCACCUGUCAAUGCUACUUUUCUCUUUGCCUUGUGGAAUUGAUGGUCCUUGAUAGAAUAGGACUAUUUAUCCUAGUGCAAACAUUCAUAAUACUUCAUCUGAUCAACAAAUUAAAUCAGUAGAGCCAACAUUUUCACAAUAUGUGUGGGCUAACAUAUAUUUGCCCUGGAAGGCUUAAUUCACAGAAUAAAGGCUUACCAGACAGCAGGCACCCUUGCAUGAUUUUAUGCAGUGCUGAGGACAUCAAAACAUAAAAUGUAUUAAGAAUUAAUUGUGUAUGUUGGAGGGUGCCCUUUAGGGGCAUUAGUAUUAUGUUGCCAAGUCUUCCUCAUGAUUUGUAAGUUAAUUGCUGGACUGGAGUAUGAACCAAUGCAUAAAACAGCACAAACCUAUACUUUGGGAUAACAGAACACUGGAACUGCUUUUGAUCAGAUCAGCCACUCAUGCUAUCCUUAUUUUUAUAGGAUUUGUGGUUAGGUUAGAAACAAUCACGUGAAUUAGUAAAGUCAGUGUGCUUGUAGCACAAUGAUAAGACGCAACAAUAAUGGAAAAUUAUAGAUGCUAUUGUCAAACUGAUUCUAUAAAUGGUAUAUAUUCCAAUUGGUGCUGAUAGCUUUUGAUAUUAAAAUAGCAUUUCUUGUGGCUUUGGCUAUUCUGACAUAUAAAGUUGAUGGGACCUUUCCUGCAGAGUUUAAGAGUUUGCUUUAUAAAUCAUAUCAAUUUCUUAGUGUAGCUUUUAUCACAGAUGCUUCCUAUCUGUAAUAUAAAUGGUAAAAAAAAUAGGAUUUCUAAUUUUUUUCCCCAGAAAUAUUUCAGCUGCUUUAGGGAAAGGAAGAGAGCUAUUUAAUCGCACCAUCAAAAGUUAGAAAGAAGAAAAAUCUAGAAUACCUCUGAAAGCAUUCUAUAUGACAAUUAUAUAUUGCAGUGGUGUUAAGAUAUACAAACAUUAAAAAACAGUUAAAAUAUUCUUAGGAGUAGACUUUGAGGAUUAAGUUUUAGUUUAAUUAAUUGUGAGGUUUUAACCAAAUUUAUGAAAAUUGCCAUUAUUUUUAUUCUCAGGUAGCUUUUCCUUUCCAUUUUAUUUAUUGAAAAGUUUAAAUCCCUUUAAAUAUGACUCGAGAGAUUUGUGCACAAUAUAAACAUAGCUUCAUACAUGACAUAAUCACCUCUCAACAAACAAUAAAAAGCAAUUCAGAACAGCUAUAAACAUGGGAAGGCCUGAGUCAACACAUUUUCAACAAAUUUUAAAACUGGGGUCACCCUUCCUGUUCUCUGUAUUCUAAAAGGUUCCACAAAAGAGAAUGUCCAUUUCUGUGAUUAUUCAGAAAAUCAUUUCUGAAGAUCUCAAAUGCAAGCCAGACAUGUGUAGGGGAGGCACUAGCCUAUGUUUAUGGAAGCAAUAGUCUUUAUAAUUUGAGACAAUUGUUCUGGCUUAUUCAAGUGCUAAUUACAUAGAUUCCUCCUGAGAUACUUAUUUUUUAAAAAACAAAGUGGCAUGAAAGUAAUUUCAAUAAUUACAAGAGUAAGCCCAAAGUUGCUUAUGGCCAAGUACAUUGAAAAAGAGUGGUAUAUAUUUUGUGUGUUAAAACAGAAAUGUGAAGCUGCAAAAAAGUUGAAAUAUAUUCAGUUAAUAAUCACAAAUUUUAUUCAGCAAUUCACAAAUAUAAAAUACAUUGUAUAUAAUUUAGCGCACUGAAAAUAUUUAAUGAAUUAAACAGUAUAAAUACUUUAUUUAAAAAUUGCACAUAUAACAGUUAUUUCAAAUAGUAUACAAACUGCUGGCACUGUAAGAAGCCUAUGCAUACUUUUUUGCCGGCUGGUUGCGCAGGGACCAUUCGAAAUCCAAAUUCAGAAAAACAGAUUUCAUUUCUGUAUAGAAAUUAUUUAUAUUAAACAGCUGCAAAGUGCAUUAAGUUAUUUGUUAUAUAAUAAAGGUUUCUAUUUAAGCUUAAUACAUAGUACUGUACUAAGGUCUCCACUGUAUUGUUACUUAUUGUUUAUGCACAAUAGGAAAAAGAAAAAAGACAAGCUAUUUGGUUUCUAACUUCUCCCUUCUUUAUACUUCGACCAAUUUGACCAGUUUAUAGUUAUUUAUAAACAUUUAGGGCCUGUCCCGUUUCAGGUUUCAAACUCACACAUACACAUACUCAUAGUUGCUAGGUGAUGGUAGCAAUUUACUCAAGGCUGAGUAUCUACUGAGCACCUAGCAAACAGCAGAGAAGCAAAAGAAUGUAAAUCAGAGUCUCUUGGAAAUAAACCUUGCCUGAGUAGUUUUGCAUUCAGCAGAAACACACAGAAGAGAAAUCAAAAUCCAAUCCAAAAUUCAAACAGCCAAAUCAGGUUUUUCAAGGUUUCUUGUCCAAGCAGAAUACACAGGAAUAAUACACCAGACAUGGGAAAUCAGAUGAGAAACAUAGUUCAGGAGUGCCUCUUAAAUCAGACUGCAGCCAGCUGUCUUUAGUUCAGACAGUCACACCUUGCCUGGCAAGACCCUCAUUGAGUAUCUUUGCUCUGCUGUCUGCUCUAUUCACCAAGUCUGAGGGCUUGGAGGCUGUAAAUCAUCAUCUGACUGCUCCAGCUGUUCUUUUUUUUAAUAUAUAACAGACUAAAAUUUUAAGCAA